AUGGAGCUCCGUCCAUGGGACAAGCCGCAGCACGACAACGACAAGGUCAUAUACUACCACAAGAAGUACGAUUCGGUUCCUCAGCUCCCGGUUGGGCUCACCUCGCUCGACGCCGACAAGGGCGCCAACAUUCGCAUCCGCGCUUUGACCAGUGAGGCCACAACCGAGUCGUUCAAGGCCUCCCUUCAGAGUUGGGCGGACACCACGCUCUACUCCGCCUCCAUGACCUAUCUCGAGAAGAGCGCCCGCUUCAGCCACAUCCAGACGGGUGUCUACAACACUCAGGAGACGCGUCCCUGGAACCAGCCUCAGCUAACGCAGUCGAAGCGCAUUGACUUCGCCGUGCCCUUCGCGGCUCCGCCCAAGGUGAUCACUUGGCUCCAAGCCCUCGACAUGGGCAACAAAAAGAACUGGCGCAUCAAAGUCUACCCGAGCGACAUCGACGCCCGCGGUUUCACCAUCCACGUCGAUUCUUGGGCCGAUUCCAUCCUCUACUCGGCCGGCGUCACCUGGCUCGCCUACCCCGCCGACCAGCCCGGUGUUACUAGCGGCUCUUUCAACACCCAGGACGUGCGCCCUUGGGACGAACCCCGCGAUGACACCUGGGGGGUCUUCCCUUUUUCUCCCGCCACCGCGUUCGAGAAGACGCCAAAGGUCAUCAUGGCGCUCGACUCGUUGGAUUACGGCGCCGCCAAGAAUUUGCGGGUGCGGCUGAGCACGUCGUCGGUCACCAACUCGGAGAUGACGUGGCAUCUGCAGAGCUGGGCUGACUCGAUUAUGUACAGCGCGGGCGCCUCGUUCUUCGCGUGGGCUUGA